AUGGACGACGACGACGACGCCUUCCUCUACGGAGAGGACAGCGGCAACACCGCCAACGAGACUCAGCCGUCGUCUGCUGCUGCGGCUACCGCGCCUCUCAAGACUGCAGAGCCGGACGCAGCCCCCGGCGCCGACCUGCCCACCCUCGAUGCCGUCGCCGGCCUCACCGGCACCGACGGCUUGCAGCAACCCGCCGCCGGUCUAGAGGGCGCCUCUCAGCCCGAAGCCGCAUCGUCCGCCGCCAACGGUCAGGCCUUCCAGCAGGACAAGGGCCAAGGCGACGGAAAGGACGGCAGCGAGGGAGAAGAUGACGAGGAAGACGACGACGACGACGACGAAGACAGCGAUUCGGACAUCGAGUUCAUCAUCGACGCCAACCAAGAGCAGCCGGCACCUCCGCAGCAACGCUCAGGCUUCCAAAGACCAGGUGCCCCCGGCUUCCGUCCUGGAUCGCAGCAAAACACGCCACAGCGACCUCAGUCGGUCAUCACAUCAGAGUACACCCCGCUCUCCCGGGCCCAGCUCCUCGCCAGCCCCGCCAACGCAGCAGCAGCGGCGGCUGCGAUAGCUGCCAACGUCUCCGCAUCGCCUUCCAAGGCCGCCUCGACCACACCCGCGCCUUCAUCAGCUCAGGCCGAGGGUGCCGCUCCGGCCGAUCGAUCGCAGCAGCAGCCAGAAGGCCCACCGCCGCCAGUGCCCUCCACCGCGCCUCGGCUCAACUUGUCACCCGGCCCAGAGGACCGCACGUAUCCGCAGCCAGCGGAUGCGGCAGCGGCCGAGGCAGAGCAGGACGGCGGCGACAUCUUCGACAUCGACAUCGACAAGCUCGGCGAAAAGCCGUGGAGGCGGCCCGGCGCCGACCUCACCGACUACUUCAACUACGGCUUCAACGAGGAGAGCUGGAGCCUGUGGCGGGGCAAGAAGGAGCGGAACACCGACGCCCGCAAGUCGAUCGAGGAGCGAGCCAGCCGCAACGACGGAGAGUCUGGCAUGAAUGCCGCGCGGGACGGCGAGAUGCCUCCGGAGAUGCGCCAGAUGAUGUCGAUGAUGCCGCCCGGCUUCAUGCAGCCGCAGCAGAUCCAGGCGAUGCAGGCCAUGAUGGGCGGCGGAGGCGGAGGCCAGGGCGGCAUGAUGGGCAUGCCCGGCCCCGAGCAGAUGAUGGCCAUGAUGGGCAUGGCGGGCGGCGGCCCGGGCAUGCAAAACAUGCCCGGGAUGCACGGCAUGCCCAACAUGCAGCAGAUGGGCGGCAUGGGGAUGCCCGGCGGCAUGUUUGGCGGGCACAACGGUAUGCACGGCUUCGGCCAGCAAGGCGGACCACAGCAGCAGCAGCAGCAGCAGCAGCAGCAGCAGCAGCAGCAGCAGGACCAGCAACAACGCUUCCACGGUGGCCCGCCGCCGCCAAGAGGGCCCGGAGCUGGCAACGCCAACAACUUCCCCAACGCGCCAUCGAUGCCGGCGGCGAUGCAGCAGGCGCAGGCGCAGCAGCCUUCGACGCCGACCUCGCAACAGCACGAGCAACAAAAGCAAGAUGCCACCAGCAGCCCACGUCCUCCGCCUGCAGGAGGCGCGCCGUCCAACGGAGCCAAGGCUGCGGCCGAGGAUGCCGCCCAUGCAGGCUGGGAAGCGACGCCCGAGUCCUCGCAGGUCAAGAAGGAGGACAAGGAAGAAGGGCCGGACGGCAGCGGCUGGGACGAGCCGCCCUCCGCUGGCGGCAGUGACGCACCGCCGAGUGGGCCUGCCAUGAAGAUGGCGGCCGAGGGAAUGCCCGAGAUGGACAUGAACGCCUUCUUUGGAGCUUCCGGCGUCGACCCGUCGCAGGUGGCUGCGGCCGGAUUUGCGGUCCCACCAGGCAUGGCGCAAGGAUCUCCAGGCGGGCCAGCACCGCCCACCGGACCCAGCGCAUCGAGAGGCGGACCUGGGCUAGGCAGGGGCGGCGCUGGCGCCGGCCGUGGCGCUGUGGUCCCCGGCUGGGGAGCUGCGCGCGGCCGUGGCAUUGGCGUCAAGGGCGCGCCCACCGGCCCGGGUGGCGGCAAAGGUCGAGCGGCGCCCUCGAAACCCGCCGCUGAUCGAGCCGCGAGCCCCCUUCCGAGCAAUGUCCCGACUGGUCCGCGCAACCCGGGUAAACGGUACAACGACCGCGACACGGGCGUCGGUGCGGCCGAUGCGCUCGACUACGGCGGAGGAGGUGGAGGCGGAGGCGGAGGCGCGAGCGGGGCGGGCCACGGCGACGAGAGCCCGAGAGGCGACAGGGCUCGCGACCGGGACCUGGAGCGUACGCGCGACCGUGCUGAGCGCGAUCGAAGCUCGCGCGAAGGCUCUGCCCGCGACAGCGAUCGAGGCGCGCGCGCCCGCGACUCGAGGCGAGAGCGCGACCGUGAUCGUGAUCGUGAUCGCGAUCAGCGGGAUCACCGGGAUCGGGAGCGCGAGCGCGAGAGAGAAAGGGACCGCGAGCGGGACCGGGAUCGGGGCGAUCGACGCGAGCGGGACCGAUCCGUGGAUAGUCAGGCCACGACGCACACUGAUGGCGCUGGCGGCGCAGGCGGCGGCGGCGGCGGCAACGCCUCGUCGUCGCGUCGUGGGGGCCGUCGAUCGGGACGGCGAGGCGGUGGAGGUGGUGGUGGCAGGGACGACAACGAGAGCGUGGCCAGCGACCACGACCACGACUACGACUCUGCCUCUACGGGCCGAGGGAGGCGCGGUGGUGGUGGUGGGACGAGGAGCAGUCGAAGGGGGGCCGGUGGAGGCGAGGAUCAAGAGAGGGAAAAGGAGCGGGAAGCGCGGAGCCAGGCGCGGGCGGAACGACGGGCGGGCCGCGACUUGGGUCCCGGCUCGUCGGACGCUUCGAGAAACGGUAGCGGCGGAGGCGGCGGCGGCGGCGGUGGGAGUGGUGGUGGUGGUGCGGCGGGAAAGAAGAGGAGCGCACCGGACGAUGCGGACGACGAUGGGCACACCGACGGCGAGACGAGGGCAUCGACGCGCAGGAGCAGCCGGAGGAAGCGAUGA